GCGUGAGCCUGAAAAGUGCGUUUUAGUAUGAUUACUGGUGGCCCGCGGAGAGAGGCAGAUUAAACGGCUCCACGCAACUGUUGUUUUAAUCCCCUCGACGAGGAGAUUUAGCAAAGAAAAAACACUGGUUUCAAAGCCAGCAGCCAUAUUGUAUGGAAAAACGACGGAAAGACUCCUCUUUUCAGAAAAAAGUCGUUUUCUCUGUCAACACUUCUGAGGAGUUUAAUUCUCCUCCUUGCUGGCGGUGGGUUUGCGUCGGACAGCGAGCCUGCCAGCUGGCUGAGGAAUUCAGAGAGUGGGACUUAUAGUUUUUGAGCCUUUUUACACAUUUUUUUUUGUGAUUAUCUCGGUGAAAUAACCAUAUUUAAAUAUGAAGGACCGAUUGGAGCAACUUAAAGCGACGUGUGAUCACGACGACGAAGAGGUGGAGAUCGCUGUGGAUAACGCGGCCUUCAUGGACGAGUUCUUCUGUCAGAUUGAGGACAUCAGGAACAGCAUUGAUAAAAUCGAUGAGAAUGUGGCUGAAGUGAAAAAGCUUUACUCGGUCAUCCUGUCUGCCCCCACAUCAGAUCAGAAAACACAGGAUGACUUGGAGGCAAUCACCAAUGAAAUAAAGAAAAUGGCCAACAAUGCAAGAAACAAACUCAAGACCAUUGAGAGAAAUCUGGAGUCAGAAGAGCAGGAGAGGGUGUCGGCUGACAUGCGGAUACGUAAAUCACAGCAUGCAGUGCUGUCCAGGAAAUUCGUGGAGGUAAUGACAAAGUAUAACGAAGCCCAGGUGGACUUCAGGGAGAGGAGUAAAGGACGUAUUCAGAGACAGCUAGAGAUCACUGGAAAGGCAACAACAGAUGACGAACUGGAGGAGAUGUUGGAGAGUGGAAAUGCUGCGGUGUUUACUGCAGGGAUUGUGGACUCUGGGAUCUCUAAACAAGCCCUGAGUGAAAUCGAAUCCCGACACAAAGACAUCGUCCGUUUGGAAAGUAGCAUCAAGGAGUUGCACGAUAUGUUUGUAGACAUCGCCAUGCUGGUGGAGAGCCAGGGCGAAAUAGUGAACAACAUAGAGCAGAAUGUGUCUAAGACAGAGGACCACAUAAUGGUGGCCAAGGAACAGACCAAAAAAGCUGUAAGGUACCAGACCAAAGCGCGCAAGAAAAUGGUGAUAAUAGUCGUGGUUGUGCUGAUCUUGCUGGCAUUACUAGCUCUCAUAAUCGGGUUGUCAGUGGGAUUGAAAAGAUGAUGAGCUAUUUGAAUAAGAGGAGAGCUAAGGAAGAUGAUCAUUAUUGGUGCAGUCUGUGCUGUAGUUGUUUGCAUCCUCCUCAUCGUCAUCAUCACCCAGACAGUAUAGUGGGACUGUCACAUCGUCCACUCCAUCCUAUCCUCCAUCAGCUGGCCCGCCAAUGAAAAAAUCACUCCAUGUGGAUAUAAUAUUUAACCAACACAUGUAUAAGGUCCAGUGUUACAUUUGACCACUGGGGAAAAAAGGACAAGACUAAUAAUAAGAACUUCUUGUCCAAUCAGAACUGUCCUUCCUGCUACGCGAGGGUCUGUUUGAUUUCCUCAGUUUGUGGGUGUUUUGCUGCAAAUGAGGAAAUGAGACCGAAGCUGACAUGAGGUACAAUACCUAUCGUACCUGGGAAAAGGGGAAUUGAAACUAACUGAUGAUCACUCCAGUUUCUCUCGACAUGUGAUUGUUCAACACUCUGUGCCAAAGAAUCAGCCUGGAACUGUAUUUGUCAUCUGAAGUCUAUGGUAAUGUCCAGUAAGUCUGACCCUUACAUGAAGCACAUCAUCUCCCACGUUAUUUCUUGCCUUUUAUGAGCCUUGACACAUUUUGUGAUUUAAAAAAGCUAGCUGCUGUACUGUAUGUUCACUGGAUUAUGUUGGUUUGGCGAGUUCCAGCACUUUCACAUUUCAAAAUAAGUUUUAUUUCUGUAAUGAAGCUCAAAUAAUCAUGUAAAUAAUAGAAUUAUUAAUUGUAUGUGUUGUCAGUGUCCAGUCCUGAAUGUGGCUCAAUUCUUUAACUUGAAGAGGAUCGGUGUCCUCAUUUAUGAUUCUUCAAUUUAGAGAAACCAGUGCCUCUGAUUUUUUUAUUUUUUUUUAUGUGAAGGACAUAAAACAAAUCUCAUGGACAUGUCGAGAUGAGAUAAGCAAGCACAAAAAAAAGACAGACCAGGGGGAUAAACAUGCAUUCCUCUCUUGAAUAUUUGUCUAAACACUGCAGAAACUGGAUGAAAUACUUGUUUUGUAUCUUUGUUAACCUGUUACAAUGAUAGCCAUCUUGACCUUUUGUCUACAGCAUAUACACAUGAUGAUCUCCCUUGUUAAAAUGCUGUAAAAACAUAAUGUUUUAAUGCCAAAGGGUGUAAAGAGAGAUAGGUAGAAACACUAGCUUUGCCUCCCAUAAACGCCAGAAUAGUCUUCAUAUAUAUUAUACUUCUUUAUGAUGUGUUACCAAGAAAGUGGAAACAGGAUGUGGACAUGUCUCCCUGACUGGUGGCUCUUUACUACUGUGAGAUACUAACCUGGCAUAUUAUAAGUCUAUAUAUUUCUCCUGUAGAUAUACAACUCAGUAGCCAGUUUAUUUGGUACAGCUAUCUAAAGAUGCGUUCUAAUACAGCAGCCAUGCAAUAAAUCCUAUGCCCAUGAAGGUUUUAAUGUUGAGUUUUAUAGGUAUGUUGGUUAAACUUUGGACAUUUUGGAGGCUGCAGUUUGUGCUGCUUAAACUUGACGGGUGUUUGACAAAAACCAAAUAUUAGAAACACGUCCCGGUAUAACAGGUUACAACUCAACAGCACCUCCAACCUAACGUUGAAUCAACACGUGUUUAAACCACUUUCUUUUAGCUUUUCCAUUUUUUUGGUACAUAAACUUAAUCAAAUGUAUCUGUCCCUGACGAAGUUUGAGCUGCCGUAUUCUAUAACAACCCAAAUAAAGGUACGAUUUUUUGCAGAGCUGUUGAGUUAGACUGCAUUAGUUUUAGCAGCAUGUACCUUUUUAUAAAUGGUCAACUGAGUUUAACUCUGGUUUGUCAGCAUCAUUUCAUAAGGACUUUUCUUCUGGGCAGAGGAAAUGUGUCAAACUGAACCACAUCUUGCACAUCUUGAUUCACUGUCUUUAAUGAGUCAUUUAAAGGCCUGCUAUUUCAGCUGUGCAUGCACAUCAAAGAAAAGAGCCAAGAUGACCCAUUUUGAUCAGCAGGUAUUGAUCAUAUCUCUGGGUUUUGUAGUGCAAAGACACAUUUCGUAAAAUGUCUCAUGCGUUAUGAAGGCCGCCAUCUCUGAGAGAAGUCUUUGUUUCUGUUAGACCAGAUCCUGAAUGGUCUCUUUUAAUUCUGGUUGUGCAGGGAGCACUUGAAAGUGAGAGGUCCCCCCCAGCUUGGUCUUUUGACCACGCAGUCUGCUCUUUUGGCUUCAGUCCUCAAAUGUUCAACCCUAAUGCUUCUAUUCAAUCCUUUUAUUUAAAACCACUUCAGCCAUCAGCAUGGGCUGCAGUGAAAGAAAGAGGAGGAGAAAACUGAAGCUGAUGUACACUGUUUUAAAUUAAGGUGCCAUUGAUUUUAAAUGGAAAUUAAAGAUUUUAUGUUUUUUAA